AUGGUUUUACUCCAUAGUAUGGACGCCUUAGUGGCUAUUCCACUUGGCGGCAUCAUCUUAGCCCUAUCUGCCUUCUUGCUCGCUCGAGAGGAGCUCAAAUCUUGCAUCCUAACAUCGAUCUCCUUUCCAAUUUCGAUCGCAUCGAGGCGUGUCAAAGCCUGGCGUUUUCUUCUGGAUGGUCCUAAUAUCAUUCAGGCCGGAUAUGACAAAGUAAGCGUUCACCCAAUAAAGCGCAACAACAUAGGAACUGAGCUGAUGUGUGGCCUAGGCCAAAGGUUCUCCAUACGAGGUCCUUGCUCCCGACGCUCGUUAUGUGUUUGUGUCUUCAGCUGA